AUGCAAAGACAAUUCCAAAUCCAACCUUUCACUCCUANCAUGGUUUAGAGCAGACCUUAGACCGCUGUUUAAUAAAGAGCAAAUACAGAAUCAAGUUCCAAUAAUCAAUAAUUAACUGAAUAAUAAUUCCUUCAAUUUUAAUAGUAGCAAUACUAAUUAUUUUUACAAUAAUAGCACCAACUCAAAUUUUAAUAAUAGUUAUAGCAAAUUGAUUAAUAGAAAUAAUAAUAAUUGAAUCAAUAAUAAGAAAAUCCCUAUGAAGUGAUUAAAGAGCAUAACUAAAUGAUUGAAACUGCUUCAUUUUGUGGACACGAUAAUCAUAACUAAGGACCAUUUGCAUAAUAAUAAUAAAAUAAGUAAUAAUAACCAAACUAACAAUAAUAAUUAUCUAAUUAGUUAUAGAAUCCAGCUAAAGUAUAUGAUAAAGUCAACAAUCCAAAUGCUGAAUUGAAACAAAAAAAUCCUAAUUUCUCUGAUGUUUUUGGAAAUGGCCUUGAGAAAUAUUAUCAAUAGAAGCAAUAGCAAAAUAGUGGCAGAAAAUAAUAAGUAGAGUAUUUGUAGGAAAGUGAACUAUAUGGUGUUAAGUAUCAUUAACGGUAGAUGCUCAAAGGUAUGAGUUCUUAAAUGGACACACAUAAGUAUUAUGAUCAAAUGUUAGAUAAACAAACUCAAGAUUAAAUUAAAUAGAAACAACCAAAAAGCAAAUCUCAAUCUCCUCAAGCUUCUCCUGGCAAAAAUCUUGAAUAGGAUGAAAAAUUUUUCCCUAAGCCAAUCUAUACUGAGAUAAGCAUAAGAGGUAUGGGAAAGGAUGUUAAUUGGGAGAAAUUGAAGGGGUAAUUAAACACUGUUCAAAUGCAAAUAGCAGAUAUUACAAUUGCGAAGGAUAAACAAGGAAAAAUUAAACAGCACAAAAUCAUAAUCAAAUAUUUUGAUCAAGGAAAUUUAUAAGGUGUUAAAUAAUGGGUUCUUACUCAAGGAGGCAGAAUAGUGGAGGAAAGAUAGUUGGAAUCGGAGGAAGAAUUCAAGAAAAUUAUCAAAUUAAAAGAAGGUCCUAAGCAAAGACCUAUGAGAAUUGCUGAAGAGAAGGAAAAACUCAAACAAUAAAAAAAAAGACCGUAAAGUGCAGCUCCAGUAUAAAAAUAAAAGAAAUGA